GUAUUUAAAUAGCACGUAUUUACUACCGUUCUGAGAAUUCCGUCAGGAUGUAAUAUAUUUUGUCAAUUACAGAUAAACAGUUUAACCAAGCUAUCGGGACCCAUGAAAAUGUUUGUGAAAUUUCCUGUUUGAACAUAUAUCUUACGAUUCUUGAAACAUUGCAAUGGUAUGGGAUAUCUGGAAGAAAUAUGAAAAUAGUCUGUCUGGAAAUUCUUACACUUCUUGGAAUACUUUUUCAGGGAACUGGAGCUAUCUAUCUCAGUUUACCGGAUACAGCCACCAUUGUCACCUCAUGUCCCUCUUCCAAAGAAGCAUGGAUCGAGAGGUCGAAGACAAAACAUUGUACCAGUGCGUUUCCAUCAAACAUUUCUUUUGUUUUUCACUGUGUCAUUAACGAAUGGGGAAAUGCAACGGUGGAGGUGUGCGCAGUUCAAAGGUUAAUUCUCUUUGGAAAGUGUGCUGAGUACAAUUUCGGAGCCAAGCGAAUCCAAAGUAGCGGUGUGAAAAUGUGUUCGAUGUUUCCGCGCCCCUGUCCCACCGUGUACUACUCAACAGAUGCAUAUAUGUAUCCAGGGUGUUAUCAACCACUGCAAAUGAACUCGUCUUCAUAUGGAUCUCAAAAUGUCUCAGAGUCCGAGGCGUUUUCUUCACAUGAUUCAUCUCAAAUGAAUGUAAUAACAAUAAUCAUACCAAUAUGUAUAAUAAUCAUUAUUAUACCUCUUAGCAUUAUGGCGAGGAUGUGCCUAUUAAAGCGACUACGCCAUGCGCCACGCAACGAAUUGUCAGCAGAAUAUAGAGGGAGGUUUCUUGAUAAUGAAAUGGACACAGAAACCAAUGGAGCUUAAUGUGAUCUGCGGUAGAACACAUUAAACAAAUACGACUCUAAAAAA